AUGAUAGGCUUCUCCAAUUUUAUCCUUCGGAAUUACUAUAAUGCGAUAGGAUGGAAUGAGGAUAAUUUAUAUAGCUCCAUAACCAGGUCAUCAAGCUCUCUACUCGACUUCCAAGUCCCCCAAUCCCUCAUUCUCCAACUUGCCAACGCCCCUACACCAAUCUUCUUUAACUCAUACGCUUUAGAUGCGUUACCUCAGCUGAAUGGAAGUAUACAGUAUAUCACUACGUCGGAGCCUUUGGAACAGAUCGGUCCCUCGCGUAGUAUCAGGUUCAAGGAUGUCGUAGAAAGGUUUCAGGUAUUCCCGCCGCCUAAAAGAACAUUAGCCAAAGAUGAAGUAUGGUUAGCAGGUAAGAGGAUAGAAGGGAGAGAUUACCUAUUAUACUCUCGACUCCAUCUCCCAUCACUUCAUUUAUCCGGUCUGGCCACUACCAGACUCACACCAACCCUUCAAGCACACUUGGCAUUCCUCUCCCAACCUGCUUCUCCAGCUGCUACUCGACCCGCAUCACCCAACACCCCUCCCUCACACUCCCGUAAUAUACUUCUAUCAUUACAACAUGAUACAGGACGAUACUCUGGUGAAUAUACCUAUUCGGCCCAAGAUGGGAUGUUCGGUAUAAGAGGUCUGUACAAUUUCGGCUGGCAAUCAGCGGAUAUCAGAAACCUCAUAUAUAACCAGUCCACCCCCUCUGGAGGGGUAAUCACUGUAGUGAAGAAGGAGACCGAACAGGACGGGAAGAGGAUAGACGAAGAGGAGAUGAUGGAAGGUGGUCUUAAAGGGAGGUUUUCGGCUGGUGGGGAAGUUUACUUUUCAGCUAAACAGAGGAGUUUCGGAAUUUCAAGUGGACUGCGAUUCACCACCCUCCCACAAUCGCCCAACGGUCCACCCGCCUCACCCCCAACAACCUUGACACUCCUCUACAACCCGCUCAUCGGCUUCUUGUCAUCCGCAUAUUCUGCUCAAGUCUCUCCUACUGUAGCAUUAUCGACACGGUUUGGCGUUAAUGUCUACUCAUACGAGAGUGAUUUGGCUAUUGGUGGCGAAUGGUGGAUUGGCCGAAGAAGGGGUAAGAGGGAUAUCACGCAGCAGUCUUCUGCUUCUUCCCCUUUCAGAUCCAAAUCUAUCGGGCAGGAUGGAGAACUUGAUGGUGAGGUGCCGACGAAAGCGGCUGAGGAAAGGAUCAGUCAAUUCGAAAGCUGGCGUGAAGCUUCGUUGAGACCUGCUGAACAAACGGUCGAGACUAUACAAGAUGGACCCUUGAACGUCACUGAGAUCAAGACAAGGGCCGGUACUGAGCAAACAGACGUGCCAAAUUCAGAUGAAGUCGAGGCUAUAGAUGAUAGAGAUGGUGUGUUGAAAGCUAGAUUGUCUGGAAAUUGGUCAAUCGCAUUGCUCUAUGAAGCACGUAUACGGAAAUGCCUAGUUUCUGUCGGUAUAGUAUCUGAUUUAGCGAGUAGACAGAGACCCAUUAGAAGUGUUGGAGUGGAAGUCCAAUAUUUCUCGUAA